CGUACAUCCCUGCGCAUGACGCAACCCGCGGCGGUCACGGACGUCACCCACGCCGGGCGGACCAAUGGCAGAGCUCAGCCCCCUCCCGAGUUCCCGGCGCUGGUGUGGGAGAGCAGCAGCAGUUGGCGAUCAGCAGCGGCCGCAGGAGUCAUCGCCCGUCUUACUGAGCAGCCAGUGUUUUCGAAGACAGAAGGAAAUCAAGCUAACUCAUUUGGGAGAAAAAUAUGGAAUACGUGUUACUGUUACCUCAGCACACCCACAGGAACUGUUUUGACAGUACUUUUAAAAUCCUCAGUUAGCAGUUGGUUCAUUCUCUUGAAAACUAGCAAUUUCCAGAUAGAGCUGUUCAUUGUUUACAUAGCUUUGCUCUGCAGGCUUUCAUAAUCUGGAGCUUGGUGAAUUUUUCUUUUCACUCUUUUUCCCCACAAUAUAUAUAUAUAUAUUUUUUUUAUAUUUUUUGACCGGAAGUAACCAAUAAAAGCCUCCAAAAUGGUUCUGGAUGAGUAUUUGUGGAUGGUUAUUGUCGGCUUCAUCAUAGCUUUUGUUUUGGCAUUUUCUGUUGGUGCGAAUGAUGUGGCAAAUUCGUUUGGCACAGCUGUGGGUUCUGGAGUGGUAACACUGCGGCAGGCCUGUAUAUUGGCAUCAAUAUUUGAAACGGCUGGUUCGGUACUACUGGGAGCAAAAGUCGGGGAAACUAUCCGGAAGGGGAUCAUUGAUGUAAACCUGUACAACAACUCAGUGGAUUUGCUGAUGGCAGGAGAAGUUAGCGCAAUGGUUGGUUCGGCUGUUUGGCAGUUGAUUGCAUCUUUCUUGAGACUUCCCAUCUCCGGGACACAUUGCAUUGUCGGAGCAACAAUUGGUUUCUCUCUUGUAGCUAUUGGUACACAUGGUGUUCAAUGGAUGCAGCUUGUCAAGAUUGUUGCCUCUUGGUUCAUUUCACCACUGCUCUCUGGUCUGAUGUCUGGUGCUCUCUUUAUGUCGAUUAAGUAUUUCAUCUUAAACAAGGAAGAUCCAGUGCCCAAUGGAUUACAGGCACUCCCAAUAUUUUAUGCUGCUACAAUAGGAAUUAACGCAUUUUCCAUAUUAUACACGGGGGCGCCAUUACUCGGAAUGCAGACCUUUCCAGUGUGGGCCACAGCUCUUAUAUCAAUAGGAAUUGCUAUUCUAUUUGCUUUAUUAGUGUGGUUUUUUGUAUGUCCCUGGAUGAGAAGGAAAAUAGCAAGUCGGCUAAAGAAAGAGGCACUAUCGCGCAUAUCGGAAGAAAGCCUUGAUAAAAUCCAAGAUGAAGAUGCUGCCGUCUUCAAAGAGUUGCCUGGUGCAAAGGGAAAUGAUGAAAGUGUUGUUCCUCUUACUAGCUCUACCACUGAAGCUGCUAUUGGAUCUGACUCUGUAGCGAAUGGAACCACCAGAGUACCAUAUGGAAGAGCUGCUUCUAUGACUAAUGGCUCCAUUAGAUCUCCAAUUUCCAAUGGUACAUUUAGUUUUGAAGGCCACAACAUGAAAAGUGAUGUUCACGUGUAUCAUACUGUGCACAAGGACUCAGGGCUAUACAAGGACUUACUGCAUAAAAUACAUUUUGACAGAGUAACAGAUGACCGCCCUGCUCAUGAAAACAACUAUAGGGUACUGAGACGUAACAACAGCUACACGUGUUAUACAGCUGCUAUAUGUGGUAUGCCUGUGCACUCGACGUUCAAAGCAUUAGAUACUCCAACUCGAGAGGACAGUGAGAAGUUGGUCGGGGACACCGUGUCUUACUCAAAAAAGCGCAUACGUUACGACAGCUACUCCAGCUACUGCAAUGCUGUGGCAGAAGCAGAGAUUGAAGCAGAAGAAGGGGGAAUAGAGAUGAAGCUAGCUUCAGAGCUCGCUGAUCCAAAUCCACCUCCAGAUGAUUCUCUGGAAGAGGACAAAGAGGAGAAGGACACGUCACAAGUUCACCUACUUUUUCACUUUCUGCAGAUUUUGACAGCUUGCUUUGGAUCGUUUGCUCACGGUGGAAAUGAUGUCAGCAAUGCUAUUGGACCUCUAGUUGCUCUUUGGUUGAUUUACCAACAUGGAGGAGUAUUGCAAGAAGCCACUACACCUGUGUGGUUGCUUUUAUAUGGAGGAGUGGGUAUCUGUGCUGGUCUUUGGGUUUGGGGUCGAAGAGUAAUUCAAACGAUGGGCAAAGAUCUCACACCAAUAACACCAUCCAGUGGGUUCACUAUUGAGUUGGCUUCGGCGUUGACAGUUGUAGUAGCUUCCAAUAUUGGACUCCCUAUCAGUACUACACACUGCAAGGUUGGAUCUGUGGUGGCGGUGGGUUGGAUACGCUCACGGAAAGCUGUGGACUGGCGUUUGUUUAGGAACAUCUUCCUUGCCUGGUUUGUGACCGUACCUGUGGCUGGGCUAUUUAGUGCAGGAGUUAUGGCCAUCUUUCAGUACGGCAUCCUACCCUAUGUCUGAUCGUGUAACAUCUGACUACUCAAGCAAAAGCUUUUAUCAGUUCUAACGCAUACUGGAAACUACAUACAGCAAUAUUACAGACGGCCCGCUUCUCCAACAUUGUGGCAAAUAACAAACCUUUGUACUUAUCAAUGCAUCAUCAUCUUAAUGUAACUAUUCUGCUGUAUAUAAUGUAUGUCAUACUGGUGAUAUGGUGAGAUGUAGCUCAUUACAAGUAUAUAUGCGUGUGUGUGUGUAAAUAUAUACACAUAUAGGUACAUAAUCUAUAUUAUGUGCAUAGUAGGUAACACUACCAGAGUAUUAUAAUUUGGGAUGGCAUUAAUUGCAUUGCCUUUUAUAUCUAGAUGAGAGCUGUAUAUAAUUUAUUAUUUUUGUGAGGUUUUUUUUAUGAUUCAAAAAUAGUAUGAAUUAUUAGGAGAUGCCCCUGUCUACUUGAUAUAUACUGUAAGUGAUAAGCGAGGUACGGAAGGUAUAAUUAUACAUUUUGUAAAGAUAUAUGUAGUUUUAUGAUGAUUAAUGUGCUACGAAGAAUGACUGGAACAAACACACACAAGAUGUGCUUAAUUCUUUAUGAAAAAAUUCAUAUCCUAAGAGCAGAUUUAUAUGUAUUAUAAUAUAAUUUUUGAUUGUAAAUAUAUAUACGCGUGCUUUUAUGGCAGCAUUUCACUGUGUUGGAUAAGAUAGCAUAGGAGAGUACCAAAGAAAGUAGGGUCUUGCUUGCCUCUGUUUGCAAGGAAUUCAGUUUAGUGUGAUAUGCUGUCGCAAUGCACACGCUAGCACUUACUAUGGUAGCCAAGUAAUUGUACAUUCUCCUGCGCUCCUCUGUAAGGAGUUAAGGGGAAUGGUUGAUGUUACUGGUUUCAAAGUGCCUUUACCUGACCAUUUUGGUUGCAAUUUACAGCCAUCAUGCUGAAUUGAAUUCUCCCCUUUAGGUCGAGUCCCCUGAAUGUGUAAAGUGGGUCACAGCUUCAGUAAUCUGCCACUAGUUUGAGCUUUCUGAUACAACCCCACGGUGCUGUAAUGAAACCUAAUGAAUAAGCGUGGAAUAGCAAUGAUUUAGUGAAGGGUUCACAAACUUUUUUUUUUGUCUCUGAUUUUGAAUUGAUGUAACUGGUCAGGCCACAAUGCCUUGUUUUGUAGACAGGCCUUUCAAUUACCUAUAUUAUAUAAAUACAUUUUUCUUUAAAGUAAACAAAACAUUGAAAACACUAGUUUAUUAAGAUAUGCCCCCAAAAUGGGUGUGAAUCAUAGGGUCGACCUACUUACUGUCGACCUAGAGACCGGAUACCCCCCAAAAUUAGUAAAUAUGCUUCAGCAGGAAAAGGUUAAUACUGUCUAUAUACUGCAACUUUCUUCAUUGAAACAAUAAAACUUAUGUCAGCUUUCCAGUUGCUAGAUCACUCAGUGGCUUACACAGUAUAAUUAUCUGCACAAUCUGCCUGAUAUUGGGGCAUUGGCCAGAUAAUUGUACUGUUUAUGUGCGUGACUGAUCUCAAGCUGUCCAUCUGACAGACAUGCAAUUUGACCGGCAUGUCUGUCCGUUUUGAUAUUCUUGUAGCUGCGUCUUUUGCAUCAGGCAGUGUAUGCGCUGCCAUGGCCGACAGACUGACAUUUACCCUGUUCCUUCACAGCAGAGUAAUGUGGAAAUGUGUCCUUCCCAAGGGAGGAACCCAGAUAUCACUGCCACGAUAUCUUCUGCUGGGUGUCAGGCUGUCCGUUAAAAUGUCGGUCUAACAGGCAUUUUAUCAGACCGUGUUGCCCAGCAUAAGCAAUCAUGUCAAAAACGCAGUCUCUAUGGAUUAAAUAUUGUUAUGUAAUUUAGCCAUAAAAUAUAAGGCACAAUAAUCCAUUUGGAAUAAGGCAAGUUUUUAUUAUCUCUUCAGAUGUAUAACUGUCAAGGGCAGUUAGACACCGUAUCAUUUUAAUUGCCUCCAAUGAUUCAGCUGUACUCUCACAACUCAAGUGGGUAAUUUUAAAGACUUCGUAGAUUUAUGAAAAGAUAUUUGAUCUCUAAUACUGUCCUUCUUUAGUGACCUCUUGGAUUCCAGAUUGUUAAUAUACUAUAGAAAAUGUGAUGCCUUGUAGGCUGCAAAUCAGUCAUUUGAUAAUAAUGCAUGAAAAUCAGCUUGUACUUCAGACGCAGUUCACUGAUGAACGUAUAUGUUUAUUAUGCGCUUUUACCAACACAACUAUUGUACUGCUAACAUGCAUUAAUAAAUGAUAAAUAGCUAAUGCCACUAAGAGGACACGAUCAAUGUGGCCUUCAGCCGCUAGCAGCUGUAAACCUUAAUAGCGGAGAGGUGUAAAUGAGCCACCUCUGCUCUGCAAUUUCCCUACCUCCGCAUUCCAUAGUGUAAGACAAUACGUGUCCAGCUUUGGGUUUACUUGCCCAUUAAGUCGUCAGUCAACGUUCACAACACUUAAGAAACGUCUCAAUUUAAUUAAUGAUAUAUAUGUCAGCAGACAGUGCUUUAUUAGUAGCUGUCCUUAAAACAGGCACAAAAGAAAUCAAACAUGCAUGUUAGAAUCACUAUAAAACAAGUUAUCUAUUGCAUAUCUGUUACGGAGUAAUCUCUAGGUCGUGCAUAUUCUUUUAUACAUAAUCGCAAAUUUGUGGUUCCAAAAUAUCAAUGGAAAAUGUAACACAGUCCAUAUCAAUACAGUUGCUUACUAUAUUUUUUCAUUCUUUAAACAUCCAUUUUGUAUUACAGUACUGAAACAUUUCAUGGAGAGAAAAGUGUUUUAGAUUCAUUUGGAUUUUUUCAGGAAUCUGAUGUAGCACUUAAAAGACAGCAUUUUUUACAUGUGCACUCAAGAUUUAAAAAAAACAAGAAGUAUAUACAUAUGCUGCCAUUGUCUUUUUUUGGGGCCGUCUUCCAUGUUUAGGUUGAUCUAUAGAAUUUGAUGUUAAAAUGCUGCUAUUAUUUUUCUCAUGAUAAAAGCUUCCCUUGGUACAUGUUGUAUUCCUGUUUUACUUUACCCUGAAUGUUUUCCAUUUCAGCUUUGUUACCUCCAUUGCUUUAAAAAUAGCCCAAAUAGGAAAAGCCAGUAACCAUGUGAGCAGAUGGGUUUGUAUGUUAUGACCUGCAGUUGUCUGUCCAUUUUUGUGGUUUAGGUCUGUACACUUCAUUAUACAGUAUGCUGUGCGUGUUGUUUAUAUUGCUAGUAUGUUUCCUGUUUUUGGUUUUGUUUUAUUUUUAAACUGCACUCAGAUUUACAGCAUCUGAUCCAAUAUAGCUAAAGUCUCACUCAUUUCAGUGCUGCUGUUUUUGCAUUUGAAACUUUUUUAUUUUAGUAUAGGCACUGGAAAUUAAUUUUGACUAAACAGCACUCAGACUAGUUGGCCUACAGUACAUCUCUGCUCCCCCCUCAGAUGUUGUUGCUUUUUUUUUUGCUUUAAUUUUCAUGUGUGUAGCGUUCAUUCUGUAAAUAAUUGACCUUUCAUGUGUCUAAAUUGUGCCAUAAAGCAGCUUUCACUGAUCAUGAACCAGAAUAAGUAUGGUGCAUCAGGGAAUUACUGCUAUAAUUAAUUGUUAAGAUUUCUAUAUGUUUGUACGCACAGUUAAGAUAGGGUGCUGAUUGGGGUAUUAGUGAAAGAUCCUGAACGUAAAAGCAGCAUUGUUGUAAACUAAAGCAGAUAUCUAACACAAAGCAAUUCUGAUAUUGUGUGACUAUAUUAGAAGUUUUAUGUAUAAAAGGCAUAUUUUAUUUUAUACCAUGAAAAAAUAAGAACCAAAAAUAAAAUUAAAAAAUUGG